GGUACCGAUGCAGGAAGGUGUGAACUUCAGUCAAAAGCCAGAACAACACCUUUAUCGGAUAAACUGGACACUUCUAUUUACUUCUGGGAAUCCACCAGUGGACGCAGAAUCCACUUUUCAAUCUGUGAGUCCUAUUUGUUUCCCUUUUUCUGUACUUUUCUAUGUGAACGUUGAUGCGAAGGGCAGCACCGGUGUGACCCAGACAUGGCUGAGGCGCCCCCACCACAGGUACAGCCUGUCGACAUCGACCCGGACUUUGAGCCCCUGCCCCGCCCGCGGUCCUGCACCUGGCCCCUGCACCGCCCGGAGCUCGUCGACCCCGCCGGGUCCAACACGUCCUCCCCGGCGCCGUCAGUGCAGCAGGAGCCCGGAGGAAAUGCGGAGUUCGUCAGCAGCCUCGGCCUGUUGGAAGAGAACUAUGAAGAAUACGCAGAGGAUAAAGCGCACUGCCAUGUUUUUCACCACCAACCCCACCACCAGCAUCAUCACCUGCACCAGCAGCAGCAGCUGCCGGGGCCCCAGUUGCCGCCUCAGCAACAGGUGUCUCCUCCAGGGGCCCCACCCUUGGGCGCCUCCGGUCAGAGGAAGAUCAGCUCGUCCCGCCGCAACGCCUGGGGUAACAUGUCCUACGCUGACCUCAUCACCAAAGCCAUAGACAGCUCACCUGAGAAGAGGCUGACCCUGUCUCAGAUCUACGACUGGAUGGUGAAGAGUGUGCCCUACUUCAAGGAUAAGGGAGACAGCAACAGCUCUGCGGGCUGGAAGAACUCCAUCCGACACAACCUGUCGCUGCACAGCCGCUUCGUGCGCAUACAGAAUGAAGGGACGGGGAAAAGCUCCUGGUGGAUGCUGAAUCCUGAAGGAGGAAAGAACGGAAAGUCGCCUCGGCGCAGAGCCGUCUCCAUGGACAACAACAAUAAAUUCAUCAAGAGUAAAGGAAGAGCCACAAAGAAAAAGAUGUCUUUACAGGAAGGCGUGGAGGGGGAAGGAAGCAGCCCAGGCUCCCAGUACUCUAACUGGCUGGGAAGCCCAAACUCCCACAACAACGAGGACUUUGAAGCCUGGAGCUCUUUCAGAACCCGCACCAGCUCCGACGCCAGCACUCUGAGUGGACGCCGUUCUCCGUUUCCUUCUGAGCAGGAGGAUCUCGUGGAGUCUGACGGACACAUGCUGUUCCCCGCCACAUCUGGGCCCAAGAUAACCCCCAGCCUCUCCAAGGUGUCUGGGUCCAUGGGCCAACACGGCUCAGAAAGGGUCAUGGAGAGCUUGCUGGAUAACCUCCACCUGCUGUCUCCUAAAGCCGCCCAGCACGGCUCAGACUCGCCACGUUCCCCAAACAGCGCCAGGCUUCAGAGCGGCUCCUACGGCUCUCCUGGAAUGAGCCAGGACUACAGUAAGUGCAUGUACAGCCAGGCGAGGCUGAACUCUCUGUCGCCUGUUCCCAUGCAGACACUUCCAGAGAACAAGCCUGGCUUUGGAGGUUAUGAGAACCAGUACAUCUUUCCAGCAGGACUCCUCAAAGAGCUACUGACUGCUGACGCAGGCUCCAGUAGAGACAUAAUGCCUUCCAGUGACAUAAGGGUGUCUGACACUGGAAGGGUAAGUAGUCUCAUGUCCGCUUACAGCAGCCACAACCAUAUAGCGAGUCAUCCUGGUAUUAAAAUAAUUACCCCUCCUCAGAGUCACCCAGGUCUACAUGUAAACCCACAAUCUAUACAUAGCCAAGGUCCUGCUCCCUCCAGAGACUUGAAUAGUUGCAACAUGAUACCCUUAGCCAGCCUGACUACUGUCUCAGGGGCUCCCCAACGACUGAACAGGCUGAGGACUUGCAUGCAGCCUCCGCAAGGACAGCUAGCGCACACUAAUGACUAUUCAGCGAGCUACACCAACAGCUACAAGGAGCUGAACUUGGUUCACCCUCACAGCCAUCAUCAGGAGCGGCUACCCAGCGACCUGGACAACAUGCCCAUCGAGAGGUUGGAAUGUGACCUGGAGUCGGUCCUCCAUGACACCCUCAUGGACGGCGGGGCGCUAGACUUUAAUUUCGACCCUGCAGCUGGAUUUCCCCAGAGAGUGAAGAGCACCUCGCACAGCUGGGUGUCUGGUUAGGAUUCAUAAAUGGAAGAAAGAGGAGAAAUUAGUGCCACCUUGGAUGGUGGCAUGCAAGGGAAAUGUGUAAAUAUAGAAAUUGUUCUUCUCUACAUAACAUUAUAAAUAAAAGCAUUCCUCUGCUGUGUAAUGUUUAAGACUAAAGCUGUAUAAUUAGCAUCCUGUCAUAGAGAUUAAAGUCGUCAUGAAAUGAGAUGCAGAACAGUUAGGAAGACAAUGCUGCGUCAGUCAAUAAUUAAGACUUGUGUACAUUUUUUUUGUUGAAGUUGAAAACAUAUAUAGUUUUUUUUCACUGUAACAUACAAUGAAAAACAAAAGUCUGAAGAGUUUUCAUUCUGACCACCACAAUUUGCCCAUCAAUAGGAACUUGUGUGACUUUAAAGCACAAAAGUUCAAAAUUUAAAAUUACAUAAAAACAUAUUGCUAAACUCUUGACAGGCUUUUACUGAUGAUGGUGAAAUUUACCUGUAAAUCUGUAAAAGUUAAUUACCCAGAUGUGAGUAGAGUAUAUUUAAGAAGCUCGGUAAAGUUUGUCUAAAAUUUAGAGAAAAUAUCAAAGUAAUGAAAUUUUAAAAUAACAAAAUGAAAGAAAUGAAGUUAAACUGGACAUCGUUAAGAUCUUUUCUGUACCAGUUAGGAAGAUGUAACCCAACAUCAUUCUGUUAAAGUGAAAUGUUUAUGAAUCAAUAUCUCCUCCCUCAAGCUCCUGUUUCUUAUUUUUAUAUCAGGCACAUUGAGAUGAAGGAUGUAAAUAUUAGUGUGCUACUGCAUAUAGACAGAGUGUGUUGCCUUUGCCGAGAUUUCAGCGUCUUGUUCUUUGUCUUCAGUGCCUGAUAAAGCCCUGACCAACUAGAAAUAAAAGUCUGAUUCACUAUAUGCAGUCCAUAAAUUGUUACUGAAUGGUCAACGAAGCAGAAAUACUCAAAAGAAAAAAGAAGUCAGAGCCUCCUCUAAUUUGGCAUACCAAACAGUAGCUCUUCACCAGCGCAGACAGAGCUUCUGCACAUCGUGUCAAGUUACGAUUAGGUAACAUUAUUAUUGGCUCAGUGCUGCAGGAUAUGUACUUUACACUAACAGACGCAAAUAAAGUCGAAGGUCCAGCGUUAUUUAAUCAAAGCCAGGUGAUGUAAGGCGGGUACGGAACAGGGCUCGCCAGAAUUAUGAAUGAGGAAGAGGAGGAGUUGAUGAUUAGCUUUAUGGUUUUGGUUUUUGAGAACCCCCUGCUCCCAUCAACCAAAACCUUCAUGGACGGAAACAAAGCUGGUUGCAAACAUCAGAACUCUUUAGUGACGUCGUCUUUAACGGAAAAUGCUUUCAGUGCUCUAAAUGCAAAUCAAAAAACAUCUUAUUUUCCAGUGGACAUCAUAAAACAGGAUAUCUGAAAUGAACCAAUCACUUAUACAUUCUGAAUGAAGGUAUUUAUUCUUUAUUUCAUAUUUAUAGACGAUAGAUUCCCUCUUUGUGUUUUACUGGUGUGGAAAUACAUGUGAUCAUGCUGUGUGUGCAAAUCGAAUUGGAGUUGCUUUUGUUGUUUUUCUUUGAUAUCAAACUUCUUUCAAUAGAUGAUGUUACAGAAACAGAAGAAAUGCCAUAAUGUAGAUAUUAUAUUUUUAAGAAGUUGCAUAUAAAUCAUUUGUGAUUGUUUUUCUCUUAUUUGUAUUUUUGUUUUAUGCAGUAAAUAAUUGUUAUUAUAAUUUUCUUGUUAAUAGGUCAUUUUAGACAAACUGUGGAUUUAAAAGUAAAGGUGAUUUUUUUUUUUGCAAACUUGUUUCAACACGUUUUUUUUCAAACAUUUUAAUGCUGAUCUAAAGAAAGAGAGAUUUAAAAAAAAGACAGAAAAGGUGAAAUGUUUGAUUUAUUCUCUCUGAUGCAGUGAGAAAAAUUGUUUAUGAUGGGAAGGUAGCAUUCAUGGUAUCAGACAAGGUUCAAUAACGUUCAGUCAACAUCAUUAAGGACAGAUUGUUGAUUAACUGUUGCAUCAAAUAGUUGCUCAAGUAAACCUGGACCUGAUUGUUUCUCUGUGCCUUCACCGUCUCUCAGAUCUCAACUCUUCUACAAAUUUGUUUAUGAAUUUUUAGAAACUUUAAAUAUAGUUGAAGAUGCAUCCCACCUGGUUGUUUACAUAUUUCACUCUAAACUACAGAAAUGCAUAUGUGAACCAUCAUACCUCGAAAUGUUUUACCUCCUAAGUAUCAAAGAGAUUUUACUGCUGUUUUCCUCAAUAAGUCGGGUUUUUACUUUGCACUCAUUUUUGACUUAUUGUGUUGCAUAAUUGCAUGGGGUUUUUUUUAUUGAUGAGAUUUAAGUUACAUUUGAGUGAGGCAUCAUCUCAAUAUUUAUUCUGCAUAUAGGAUUAUAGCCAUCAACUUUUAAUAGAUAUUAUUAUGUUAACAUUAACUAUAAUUUGGCCUGAAAUCAAUAGUUCCAUUUAACAAAAUGUGAGAAAACACAUUUUCAAGGUAAAGAAAGAUUUCACGAUGUUGUCUUUACUUUAUUUGGGUGCGAUUAAUGUGAACAUUUUAUUACGAUCAUCUUCAUUGCAGUUUGUGUUUAUAUUCUUAGUACUUAAACUCCUCUUGAUAAUAAAUGGAAAA